UUUAAAUUAAAAAAAAAGGGUUUAAAAAAUAUUAAAAGUGAGUCAAUUUAAAGCAUGUGCCUUGUCUCAGAAAAAAAUGGUCAUGUUCUUAUUAACCCUUUUUUGAUUGGCUUCCUGGGUUUGUUGAAGAAUCUCUCCAUCUCUCUCUCACUCUUUUGUAACAUUCAUCACUCACAUACAUCUCUUUUUUUGUUGAAUUUAAUGUGUUUUCUUUCAUCUUGUAAUAAGUUGUAUCCACCAUAACUAGAUAUAGAAGUUCUUUUUCAAGUUUUUUGUGUUUUCUGCUAUACUAUUCCUUCAUUUUCUCUGCGAUUUGAGUUUGAGUUGCAUGUGUAUGUGUUCUUCUGCUGUUGUAGAAGAAUUUUACUUAGUUGUUAAAGAGUUCUGAUAGCGAAACACACAAUUGAGAAUAAAUAUUAAUUAAGAAGAUAUUUUUACAAAGAAAGUCGCUUUCUUUGAAGGUAACAGAAAGGGUUCGUUUUUGUGAUGGUCUUCAAUUACUAUAUUAUUUCUUUUUAUGUUAUAUAUAGCCAACUUGAUAUCCCACCUUGUGGAUUGUGUUGAUGUAUAGAAAUAGAAGAACCAGAUGCUUUAUGUUGCUUCUCUUCAUAGGAUUUUGAAAGCAAAAGCGGGCCCUUAUCUUCUUUGCUUCCUUAACUAGAAACAACACUAUACUACACCAGAUCUCUUCCCAUAUCUUGCACUUAUCCGUACACAGAGGCAAAGAAAAAAAAGAGAGAAAGAAUUAAAUAAAUAAAAAUAUCAAUCUCUCUCCCCCUUCAUACCAUACCAUACCCCUUUUUUAUCCAUUUUUUUCUUUGUCUCUCUCUCUAUAUAUAUUAUAUUUCCCUUUCCCUAAACAUACACCACACAAUAAGCAAGCCAUCAUAACUCAAAGAUCUUCAAGUUUAACCUUUUUUGUGUAGUUAAAAUUUCUUCUUAGUCCUUUUCUUUUUCCCCCCUUUUUUUCUCCUUCACAAAGAUCUAGUUUUGUGGGAGUUCAAGGUUUGGAUCUGCAUGCAAGGGUGGCAAAAACGGAAACAGUAGACCCUAUUCUUGGUUUUGGAGCCAUGGAUCAUCAUCACCACAACAAUCAUAAUCAUCAUGAUGCAGAGAUUUAUGCAGAUGCUGAUGAUGCAGAUAAAGAUUUGUGGCUCAACACAACAACAGAACAAGAAGAUUUACUUGUUGGGGAUGUGAAAACAGAUGCAUCUAUGUUCUACGACGAGUUCCCUCCUCUCCCAGAUUUCCCAUGCAUGUCUUCAUCAUCGUCUUCGUCUUCAACUCCAACACUUCCAUUGAAGAAUCUAGCAUGCUCAACCACCUCGACCACAACGGCUACCGCAGCAACCUCUUCGUCUUCGUCGUCUGCUUCUUCUUGGGCAGUUCUGAAGCCAGAAGCGGAGGAUAAUAACAACGGAGAAUGGAACUGCAGUAAUAAACAGCAACUUUACAUGCAACAUCAUGAUCCACUGGACGCAACGGGAGCGUUGUCCUCAACAGCUUCCAUGGAGAUUUCACAGCCAAAGUUUCCCGAUCAAGGUGGGUUUGACGGUGUUGUUGGUGACGUUGAUUGCAUGGAUGAUGUGAUGGACACUUUUGGGUACAUGGAGCUUCUAGAAGCCAACGAGUUCUUUGACCCUUCGUCUAUCUUCCAAGGCGAAGAGAAUCCCUUAGCGGAAUUCACACAAGAGGAUCAGGUUUUGCCACAGCAAGAAGAACAACAGCAGCAAGAAAAACCUGCAGUAGUUCAUAAUCAAAAUGAUCUUAUUGUUCUUAGACCACAGCAAGAAGCAGUAGUGGAAGGUGUUAGUAACAAUAAUUAUCAACAGCUUCUUGGGUUGUGGGAAGCCAGUAACAAUAACGAUGCAGAGAUCCAAGGAGAUGGUGGUGGUGGUGGUGCAAUUGCGGAUGAUGAAAUGAGCAUGGUGUUCCUGGAAUGGCUGAAGUCGAACAAGGAUAGCGUAUCCGCGAGCGAUUUGAGGAGCGUGAAGCUUAAGAAGUCGACAAUAGAGAGUGCUGCUAUGCGAUUGGGCGGUGGAAAAGAAGCUAUGAAGCAAUUGUUGAAGCUGAUUCUUGAAUGGGUUCAAACCAGCCACCUUCAGAGUAGAAGGCGCAAGGAAAAUAAUAACGAUAACACAGUGGCAAACCCUUUCACGGAACAGUUUCAAAAUCCGAUUCAUCAGAACAACCCAAAUGCUUCGAGUUCUUUUGCCAUUGAACCAAACACAUGUUUCACCCAGCACCAACCAUGGAUGGAUCAAGUGCCUCUAAUGGCAGCCGCUCCUCCGUCUCAGUCUCAGCCUCAGCCGCAAUUUCAACAACCCACGAUUGGGUAUGUUGGCGACCCUUACACAAACGGUGCCUCUGCAAACACCAUCAAUGGCAGCAAUAAUUUUCAGGCUGGUAAUGAAUACCAUAUGCUGGAAUCGGCGAACUCAUGGCCUCCUUCUCAAUACACUGUUACUCCUUACUAUACCCAGCCAUUUGGGGACCAUAGUUUUCAACCUCCGGCCGCUGGUGGCUUCGGUAACCAGUACCCUUAUCAGUUUUUCCAUGGACCUGGUGAUGGAUUGAUAAGAUUAGGACCCUCAGCUACAAAAGAAGCGAGGAAGAAGCGGAUGGCGAGGCAGAGAAGGCUUUCCUCUCAUUCUAGGCAUCAUAUUAAUCUACAGAGUCAGGGUUCUGAUCCAAAUACAAGAUUGGGUGUUGGUGGUGAAAAUUGCACUGGUGUUGUAUCUGCAGCUCCGGCUAAUUGGGUGUAUUGGCCAACUAUGGCUGGUGCUGUUGCUUCCGUUGCGCCCGUGGCUCCCGCGGAACCGUCGGCUGUGGUGGAUAAACCUGCCAUGCAGACACAGAAUUAUCAUCAUCAGGGUAGGCUCUCAUCUGAUAGGAGACAGGGUUGGAAGUCGGAGAAGAACUUACGGUUCCUUUUACAAAAGGUGUUGAAGCAAAGCGAUGUUGGGAGUCUGGGAAGAAUUGUUCUGCCAAAAAAAGAGGCAGAAACACAUCUACCAGAACUAGAGGCAAGGGAUGGAAUCACUAUAACAAUGGAAGAUAUUGGCACCUCUCGUGUUUGGAAUAUGCGCUAUAGCAUCAGAUACUGGCCAAACAAUAAAAGCAGGAUGUAUUUGCUAGAGAACACAGGUGAUUUUGUUAAAGCCAAUGGACUCCAAGAGGGAGAUUUCAUAGUGAUAUAUUCAGAUGUGAAGUGUGGAAAAUUUAUGAUAAGAGGAGUUAAAGUAAGGCAACAAGAAGGGGCGAAAGCAGAGGGCAAGAAAACAGGAAAAUCUCAUAAAAACCAGCAUGGGAACAAUGCGGUGCCUACAGCUGGUGAACCUCAUACGAAUGCCACGUCAUCAUCCACUCAUCAAGAAAAUGAAAAAUAGAGUAUAUAAUAAUAAAAUAAUAAUAUUAUAUUAUAGUGUAGUAGAAUAAAAGGGACUACUCUGAAUACCAUGCACAUCAUCAGUUCAGUUUUCCUUCAUGGACGAACGAAGCUUGGAUAGCCAAAGCAACGGUUGAGAUUCUUUUGUGGUUGAUUUUUGUGGAUUUUUUACCCUAAGAUGUCUCUGGCCCUGGUAGUUUUUUCCUGUCCUAUUUCUCGAGUGCAUAAAUGGAAACCGCUGCACAGUGCCCACAGAUUUGUUCUGGAUUUUGGGCAUAUAUGUAUGUGCUAUGUGGUGUCCAUUUACUAUGUGAAGUUGUAUUUUGUUUUGGUGUGAUGGUGAUGUAUAUGUAUCGAAUUCGAGAAGAUUGUAUGACUUCCAUUUAUUUAUAACUUUUAUUGGGAUAAUUUACAAUUUAAGUUGCAUACAAAA